ACUGUUAAGAGUGUUAAGAGGAGCAGAGCAGAAGAACUAAGGACUUGAUGAUGAUAAUUCAGCUUAUCAGCUUGUUUUCACAAGUUCAUCACAGUUUAUCAUAAUUUGGCUCAAUUAUAUUUUUCCAUAUAAUAAGAAAGUGCUAAUAUCACUCGGACUACUCAACAAAAUGAAUACUAACCUUCUGUUUGUUGAAUCAGUGGAAGUACUGCGAAAUAGUUUGUCACACUACCACACCUUGUUAGAAGCGAUUUUGGUGGUUUGGAUAGUGUGGUUUAUUUCUAAAAAACGAAGUAACCAGAAUUCAGUACCUUCAAAAGAAUUGGUGGAGAACAAAUUAGCAGAGUGGCGACCGGAAUCUCUUGUACCGGAAUCACCGAAAAAUCAUCCUUCAUUAAGUCCAAAAUAUGUCACUUCCAAAGUCGGAAAGCGAGUGAUAGUCGAUGGAAAAAAUUGCCUUAAUUUGGGUACACAUAACUACUUAGGUUUAAGCGACAAAGCAGAGCUGAUAGAAAGUGCAGCAGCGGCUAUAAAGAAAUACGGCGUUGGGUCUUGUGGACCACGAGGCUUCUACGGAACCGUCGACGUACAUCUUGAAUUAGAAGAACGUUUAGCUAAAUUCAUGGGCAUGGAAGAAGCAAUAAUAUACUCGUAUGGAUUCGCCACUGUGUCGAGUGCAAUUCCAGCUUAUUGUAAACGUAAAGAUUUAAUAUUUGUGGACGAGCGAGUGAAUUUUGCCAUACAAAAAGGAUUGGACGCAUCUCGAGGAAAUAUUCAAUAUUUCAAACACAAUGAUGCUCAAGAUCUACACAAUCUCUUAAUGAAACAAGAGGAAAUAGAUAAAAGACAUCUUAAAAAGAGUGCGAAAGUCAAACGUUUUCUGAUUAUAGAGGGUAUUUAUAUGAAUACAGGAAACAUCUGUCCUCUCCCAGAAUUAUUGGCUCUAUGUAAGAAGUACAAAUUGAGAAUCUUUAUCGACGAGUCAAUAUCAUUUGGUACCAUCGGGUUACAUGGAAGAGGUGUCACUGAAUACUUUAACAUUCCUACAAGUGAAAUCGAUAUGAUAAUGGGAUCUUUAGAAUGGGCUAUAGGAACUAUUGGUGGCUUUUGCAUAGGAGCCUCCUUUAUUAUCGAUCAUCAACGUUUAUCUGGUCUUGGCUAUUGUUUCUCAGCGUCUCAACCACCUCUCUUGGCAUCCGCUGCUAUCACUUCUUUAGAUAUGAUUGAAAAUAACUUAGAAAUAUUCCAAUCUUUGAGAAAUAAUGCCUUAUCGAUACACAAUGGUCUCAAAGAAAUCCUAAUGUUAGAGUGCUUGAGUUUUGCAGAAUCACCUUUGAAGUAUGUAUAUUUAAAGGAGCAGAAAGAUCGUGUCAUAGAGGAGAAAUUACUAUCUGCAAUUUCAAAUAAAUGUAUAAAAAAUAACUUGGCGAUUAUAGUGCCAGUCUAUCUGGAAACUGAAAUAAUUUUAUCCAGACCUAGUCUUAGACUUUGUAUAUCUGCUAGUCUGGAUAACAAUGAUAUCAAGUUCGCACUAAACACUUUAAAGAAGUGCACAGAAGAAAUUUUGUUGUCAUUUUGUGAAUGA